UUUAGGAGUAUGAAAUUUUGUAGCCCUGCUUUUCUGGUGGUUCUAAUCUAUAUAUAGUUCAAUCAUAACUGAAAUUAGAGAAAUUCGUUCCAUUUUGCUUUGAGUUUGAGACAACGUGCAAUAAUUUUGAAAUUAUGUUGUACAUUAUUGGUCAUAAUGGGAACAAAAGAUUCAACACAUGUUGUUCGUUAAUUACCUGUUAUCCUAUGGAUUAAUAUCCAAAGAUGUUUUUCACUUUUAGUAUUAUCGAGAUUAGUGUUCCAGCUUAACUCCUAUUUAAAUUUUGGUACUUGUUUGUUAUAUUUUUUUCGCUUUUUUGUUCGAGAUGCCUAAUUAACUGCAUUAUUGUUCAUUUUUUUUAAAUUUGUUUGACAGCCCCAUUGGAUUAUUCCACUGUUAAUUUGGUCACAUCAAAUUGUUAUCAGACAAACGGUUAGGGUGAGAUGGAUCCGAUUCCAACAUGGGUGCGGACACUCUGGGACACGUGGGAUCUCCGAGUGCUGGUUCUCCUUAGUUUCACCUUACAACUAAUUCUUACCCUAUUCGGCAGCCGAAGAAAAUAUAUAUCCUCGGUGUGGAUUAGUGUGCUUGUUUGGUCGGCCUAUUUAAUGGCAGACUGGGUAGCAACGGUUGCUCUUGGCAAACUGUCUGAUGUCCAAGCCAAUCGCGAAAAAAGCAACCUUUUGUGGGCCAUAUGGGCACCGUUGCUCUUGUUACACCUUGGCGGGCCUGACACCAUAACUGCUUAUUCGUUGGAAGAUAAUCAGUUGUGGAUGAGGCACCUUUUGGGAUUAGUCGUUCAACUUUUCGUUGCGAUUUACGUCAUUCUGAUGUCGUGGAAAAAUUCAUGGUUCUCGUUCAUGUCGCUUCCGGCGUUAGUAGCGGGAGUUAUCAAGUACUGGGAGAGAACCUCGGUUCUCAAGUGGGUGAGCGACGAUAAAUACUUACGUAGAAUAUCUUUCGAUCGUUCUAUGGAUAAAAGUUCAACCGAGGGUCAUGACUAUGUGCGGCUUUUACUUCUGGCUCGUGAACAUCUGUAUGAGUUUAUGCGGUCGUAUUUGGUGAUGGGGGGCGUUGUGAACGAGGUGGGGUACCCGAACAAUCCCUGGGAAAUUACAGAAACUAAUAUUAACUGGGAUGCACUGGAGGUUCAAAUGGGCCUCGUGUAUGAAUUGCUAUAUACAAAGGCCCCCGUGAUAUACAGUAAGAGAGGUUUUAUUAUGCGUUGUAUCAGUUUUGGAUGUACGGUGAGUGUGCUACUAGGAUUAAUCAUUCAGAUUGUACUUUUGAAGACCGGGGAAGAAGAGAAUUGGCAUGAGAUUGAUAUUGUAAUUACAGGGGUAUUAAUAGUAGGAGCUGUAUCUUUGGAGAUUUAUGCAGCCGUUGUACUAUUUUCCUCCAAUUGGAUGAUGCUUUGGCUAAUUGUACAUGGUAAGAAGGAAUGGGUGAUAUGGUUGAGUCAAAGAUUUCCAUGCCUUUUCAACAAGAAGAAAAAGUACUGGUCUCAAAUGAUGGGGCAAUUUGAUCUAGUUGGUUAUUUUAGAAGCGGAUCAAAAAAAGAAGGAAAAAAGAGUUCAUGCAGAAAAAUAAUCAGGUCGGUGUUAGGGCGUAAUUACGAGAAUAAGUGGAAUAGAUAUCGACACAAGACGGCAUGUUCUGUAUAUCCUCUGGUAUACAAAGCAAUUUUAGAGCUUUGUGGUCCUCAUAUUGAUUCAAAAAUAUCCGACAGCCUAAUCCAUGACUUCGACGAAGUUUGGGCGAUAUUAAAAGACCAAGGGAAUGCUUUCUCCACCCUAAUUCAAACCGCGCACUUGGCAACAGAAAUAUGCUACCGUUUAGAAAUGGAAUGGGAUGCAGGUGGUGAAGAUGAUCCCUCUGGAUCUGACUCUUCGUUAUUGUGGAAGCAAAACAAGGAAGUGUCCAAAGUUUUGUCAGAUUACAUGAUGUAUCUAGUUGCAAUGCACCCUUCACUGUUGCCCAAUGUUGGAUUACUUUAUUGGUUGGAGGUCGGCAGUCCGCCAAGUCAAAUAGGGGAUGCACGUGACGUAAACGCGGCUUGCAGUUAUUUGCUGGAGGAAAUUGUGGAAGGACUUCACUGGGGUUGGAGUGAGAUUAUCCAACGUUUGAAGGAAAAGGAGAAGGCAAAGAGAUGGGAAAUAAUCAAACACAUGUGGUUGAGUAUGCUAUGCGAAGCAACUCGCCGUGAAAAGGGUUAUGGUCAGAAAAAUAGCCACUUCCAGAAAUUAAGACAAGGAGGCGAACUUCUCACUUUAAUUUGGUUCAUUAAUCCCCCAUAUGUGAUGUCCAGUCGUAACACUACUCCGAGGCAUAUUAGAUAUGGAUUUUUCCAAUCCCCCGUUGAUGAAUAA